CCUAAUUGCAAUUAGUGGUUUAUAUGUAUGUGGAGCGUAUAUUUUCAUAAGGUUUAUUCUCUUUAACUUCUUUCAGGAUCUGCGAAGAAGAGGAAAAGGGUCGAAAGGGUUAAGCCGAUACCAGUGAAGAAGCUUUGCACAUCGUCAAACUGUGUUGAGUCAACUGCAGAUAAUGGUAAGGUUGACUUAACGUGAAGAUUGAAGACUGAUACUAAUAACUAAGAUUCGACUUUCAGAAAACAAUCGUCUGAUACAGUUGGAACGUCUGCAGGAUCAAGUUGUCUUUCUAGUGAAGAACUUCCUCCUACAAAACGUGAAGAAAGUACAGAGCAAAAUACUGUUUCAUCUCGUAAAGGAAAGCGUAAAAGAAAUUUUUGCUGGCACCGCAGACUAAAACGUAGGCCGUUGGUUGUUCGAGGAACGCAUUCUUUGAUCCCAUGUAGAGUAAAUAGUCGGGAUAUCGAGCUUCAAAAUGGCAUCUCCACAAGUUCAACAAGCUACGAGAGUAACAUUUCUCAUUGCGUCUGUUGUUCCGUCUUCCAUGAGGCACCAAAGAUGAAUAGAAAUGCUGAGAUUGAUAGAUGGGACAUAUUCUAUAAGAUAGAUAAGUCGACAUCAAUGUUUCCAAAGAAUCACAUACUGUAUACUUUAAAUCCCGAUGUUUCUGGUGCUUCUACUUUGUUCAACGACAUCUUCGGUGCGUUUCGCAUUGGCAAUAAUCCUGAAACUGUACCAUUUUGCAGCUGGAAAAAUAGUUCUCCUGCCACAUCCAACUGUUUAUAUCACACCGUUACCAAGCUUCUCGAAAGCCUCAUAGACAAUACUCACAAUUGCCGACAUCUGAGGCUGUUGGAUAAACACUGCCCCAUCAGAUCCUCGCACCGAGAUGCAAGUGUGGUUUCUGGAGCUGGGUUCAAGAGAAAUGAUUCGGGGAGAAACUUGUGUACGGGUGCACAAGUUGACACUCAAAUCGAAGGAAACCUAGUACAUGAGCCUAAAGCCGGAACUCGCAAGAUUAUACCAGAAGCCAUUGUUGAUCAGGUUAAGCCGAGUACGUGUUAUUGUCCCAAGGAAGAUGUAGAAUCAUUUGUGUGGGCAAUUUGUCGGAGAAUCGUCCCUCCGGAAUUGCUGGGAGAACAUUCUAAUUGGAGGGUUCUAAGAAAGAACAUCUAUAAGUUCAUUCGUCUCCGAAAAUUUGAAAAGUUCUCACUGAAGGAAUGUAUACAUGAACUGAAAAUAUCGAAGUUUCCAUUAUUGCAUGAUAAUAUCGAUAAUGGCUGCAGUGGAAUUGGUAUUACGGAUAUUGCCAGACAUGCAAUUCUCGGAUGCUGGAUAUUUUGGUUUUUCAAAUGCCUCGUGUCGCCAUUGCUUCAAGCCAACUUCUACGUUACUGAAAGUGAGUUUGAGAGAAACGAGGUACUGUAUUACCGUAAAUCUACUUGGCGGAAACUGAUAAGAGAAGCUGAAUGCAUGAAGAACGAUACGUUUCGCCCUUUAAAUGUCUCGGCCGUUAGGAAAAUAUUAAAAAACCGAUCGCACGGUUUCUCGCGAGUCAGACUUCUUCCCAAGAAAACUGGAUUUAGAAUGCUGGCGAAUCUUCAAGCAUCGUCAAAACUGCGUCUGAACUCAACCUCUUCUAAAUUUCAGUCCUACGGUUCCGUAAACAAGGUCCUUAACGAUGUUCAAGUGGUUCUAAGAGGCUCGUUGACAAAAGAACGAGAGAAGUUCGGUUCGUCGGUUUUCGACUACAACGAUGUGUACAGAAAGCUCGUGCCUUUCUUGUCUCGCCUGAAGAAGAGAUGGCCGAAAAUGCCGAGGGUAUUCAUUGUGGUUUCGGACGUGUCGAAAGCUUUCGAUUCGGUCAAUCAAGAUAAACUGCUUAGUGUGAUGGAGGAUGUCUUAUCGGACGAUGAAUAUGUUCUCGAAAAGUUCACUCAGGUUUUCUGCACGAAGAAGGCGUUGAAGGUCCACCAUACUCUGGCACUAGCAGAUCAAGACUUUGUUACCGUAUCGUCUGGCAAAAUCAAAUCAAUUCCUCCUCCAAAGUCUUUGGAUGGCGUUCUCGUUAAUAAGGCACUUGACCGACCAAUACGAAAAGCAGACAUUAAUACAACUCUGAAAGAGCACAUAAAACGCAACGUGGUGCGUCAAUCAGACAAGAAAUUCUACCUGCAAAAUGUGGGUAUACCUCAAGGCAGCGUUUUGUCUACUUUCCUCUGCUCGCUUUACUACGGCCACAUGGAAAGGAACGUACUUUACCCAUUUAUCGAGAAAGCUAGUGAGACCAAUGGUGCUUCAUCUUUGGCGGGGGGCAAAAAUGGAAAAGAAAAGUUUGCAUGCGGUUCCGAAUAUAUUCUGCUUAGGUUCAUCGACGACUUCCUUUUCAUAUCGACUUCGGAGAAACAGGCUUCUAUGUACUUCUCCCGUGUGGACAGAGGGUUUCGUGAUUACAACUGCUUUAUGAAUAAGGACAAGUACGGUCUGAAUUUUAAAAUGAAAAAGGGGCAAGAAUGCCGGUCAAGUAGUAGACCAUAUGUUGGCCAAGAUGGCGUCUCGUUUCUUCGUUGGAGUGGAGUGCUUGUCAAUUGCUCCACGUUAGAAAUUCAAGCGGACUACACAAGGUAUCUCGAUUUUCAUUUGAGUUCAACUCUAACAGUGAGUCGUCAAGGUAAAGUAGGCGAACAGUUGAAAUCGAAGCUGCGUGCUCAUAUGUCGAACAAAUGCCAUCCUCUCUUCUACGAUUCCAACGUCAAUUCGCCAGGUGUUGUCAGGCUCAACAUCUACCAAAUCUUUCUUCUUUGUGCCAUGAAAUUCGUUUGCCAUCUCUCAAACCUCUCGAUUCUACCUAAAUUCACCCCGCAAUUCAUCACCAACGCCAUCGACACUUCUGUAAGGUGCACGAGCAAGUUCAUAGAGAAGAAGAUGUAUUCGUUUAGUGGAGUUGAUAUUGCUUUUCGUCCGAAAUAUGAAGUGAAAAGGGCGGAAGUUUUGUUUCUUGGACUAUAUGCGUAUAAUCGAGUGCUGGAGAAAAAGCAAACGAGAUACAAGAAUCUGAUUCCAUUUCUAAGGACAAAGUUGAAGGCAUGUGGGGAGAUAGCACACAUGUCAUCUGAGCUCAAGUAUGCUAUUGAUGACGAACAUUCAUCCGUAUUUUGGAGAAUCAAAUAUUGAUUUCUAUUCCGUUUUUUUGGGUUCGGAAAUUGAGAAUUCUCCUUUUGUUUUUAUUAAGUUGGUAAAAACUGUUGGUCGAAAACUAUUUUGAGGGGGCAUAUAGCUUUUGAAACACAUGUACAAGUUGGGGAUGAAUUAUAUGAAUUUCUCGAUCAACCUCGUUCUCGC